AUGUUGACAGGCACAGACCAUAAGGGCUCAGAAGAUCUAGCGAUAAAACCCACGUUCAUCCGGCGGUUUUUGACUCUCCUCGCACUCAAGACGACUGCCAGAUUCUUCACUCGCGAUGGCGUCUGCAUCCCCAUAUCAAAACACAAGAUCGUCAAGACAGGCAGCUGGGUUCAUUUGACUGAGGCGGCAACCAUGAAAUUCGUUGCUGAGAACACUUCUACUCCCGUUCCCAAAGUCCACUGCGCUUUCGUUCACAAGAACAGGGCAUAUAUCGUCAUGGAGAGGGUACGGGGCGUGUGUCUUGCAGCCGUAGUCGGAAAAUGUUCUGAGGAAUCCCGUCGCAAGAUAUUUGCCCAAUUGAAGGAUAUAUUACGGGAACUACGAGCGUUAAAGCCUCCUCUAAAUACGGGAGUUGAAAGCUUUGCUGGGGGUUCGUUAUACGACUCUCGCAUUUCUCACUGUCUUCCGCGAUUUGGACCGUUUAAGACCAUUCAAGAGUUUCAUCUUUGGCUCAGAAACGGGUUCCAGCCAACUGGGGAGUCGCCACUGAUAGAUCCUCAGGAAUGGGAAGAUGUAAAGGCCAUGGCAAAGAUGCAGGACGGUCCCUGGCCAGCUCCCGUUUUUACUCAUGGGGACUUGAACCCAUCCAAUAUUUUUGUCAAGGGAGACAAGGUUGUUGGCAUCAUCGACUGGGAGUUUUCAGGCUGGUAUCCCUCUUACUGGGAAUAUACAUCUGCAUGGAAUUGUAUGCUCACAGACACAGAGUGGCAGGGCAUGAUUGGUAACUUCCUUGACCCUUAUCCAGACCAGGUGAAGAUGGAGAAGACUCGUCAAAUGUGGUGGGGAGAAUGA